GCAGAACUAGAAGCACAUCAAUUUCCCCUGAUUCAAUCUUGUGUGUUUCCAAGGUUGGUGUCUGCUUCAGAUAUUGUGCAAAAAGCAAGUGCUGAAGCUGAGCGGAGAAUAGAUGCUCAUGCUUCGACAUGCAGUAACCGUGAAGACGUAUACCGUGUCAUCAAAGUAUUUGCUGCAAGGGAAGAAUGGAUGAGUCCUGAAUCCAAAAACUAUAUUCAGUGUCUGAUCAGAGACUUCGAGCGAAAUGGGCUAAAUCUGACCAUGACCAAGAGAAAGGAAGUGGAAUGUCUGAGAAAUCAAAUUCAUGAGCUAAGCUGUCGAUACAUCCGAAAUUUAAAUGAUGAUGAUACUUUUCUCCUAUUUAGUGAGGAUGAGCUAGCUGGUUUACCACCGGACUUUCUUAAGAGUUUCGACAAAGACAGAAGUGGAAAAUUCAAAAUCACGCUGAAAAGUAACAAUGUUGCAGCAGUUAUGGAGCUAUGCAAGAUAGGGACAACAAGGAGGUUAGUAGCUGUGGCAUAUGGGAAGAAGUGUGGAGAAGUUAAUCUUUCAGCCCUGGAAAGUUUGGUUCAACAGCGCCAUAAAUUAGCUCGUUUGCUUGGGUACCCGAAUUAUGCAGAGUAUGCUGUUGACAAUAGGAUGGCAAAGACUUCCUCAAAGGUAUUCGAGUUUUUAGAGGACAUCUCUGCCAGCUUAGAUGACUUGGCCAUGAGAGAAAUUGCAAUGUUGAGGGACUUGAAGCGAAAAGAGGAAGGGGAUGUACCAUUCGGGAUUCAGGAUCUUUUGUACUAUAUAAAGAAGGUUGAAGAGCAGCAAUUUGAUUUGGAUUUUGGAGCAAUUAAGCAGUAUUUUCCUGUCAGUUUGGUUCUAUCGGGGAUCUUCAAAAUAUCUCAAGAUCUUUUUGGUUUUAGACUUGAGGAAAUUUCAGAUGCUGAGGUCUGGCAUUCUGACGUUCAAGUUUUUUCAGUGUUUGACCUAGUUUCUGGUGAACUUUUGGGUUAUUUUUACCUUGAUAUAUACACGAGGGAAGGGAAGUAUGGUCAUACCUGUGUUGUUGCAUUACAGAAUGGGACAUUAUCAUUCAAUGGCGCCCGUCAGAUCCCAGUGGCAUUGCUGAUAUCUCAUAUUGAAAAGAAUGUUGGUGGGGAUUCUGGGUUACUGAGAUUCUCUGAAGUUGUCAAUCUUUUUCACGAGUUUGGCCAUGUGGUCCAACAUAUUUCCAAUCGUGCAUCAUUUGCAAGAUUUUCUGGGCUGCGUGUUGAUCCUGAUUUCGUGGAGAUCCCUGCUCAACUGCUAGAGAAUUGGUGUUAUGAGAGCUUUUCGCUGAAGUUAAUAUCUGGUUUCCAUCAGGAUAUUACGAAGCCUAUUAAAGAUGAAGUGUGCAAAUCACUCAAAAGAUGGCGCCAUUCUUUCUCUGGACUUAAGUUGAAACAAGAAGUCCUUUACUGUCUUUUUGAUCAAAUCAUACACUCUACUGAAAAUAUUGACUUUGUUGAGUUAUUCAAGCAUCUCCAUCCAAAGGUGAUGUUAGGUCUUCCAGCGUUAGAGGGAACCAAUCCUGCUUCAUGUUUCCAGCGUACUGCAAUUGGCUUUGAAGCAGCUUGUUACAGCCGUAUUUGGAGUGAGGUUUUUGCAGCUGAUAUUUUUGCUUCAAGAUUUUGCGACGGCAUUUUGAAUCAGUAUGUUGGCAUGCAGUUCAGGAGUAAGGUCUUGGCUCCAGGAGGAGCCAAAGAACCCGUUGAACUUCUUGCCGAUUUUCUAGGAAGAGAACCAUCAAUUCAAGCUUUCAUUGAUGGCAAAACUGAGUACAGUUUGUGAUGCAUAGAGGGGACUUGGGUAAUAUCUUUUGUAAAAGAAACAAUUAAUUAUGGUAAUUUAGAUUUCUAAUUCCACAACUUAUUUCUUAUAAUUAAUUAAUUAGUCAGUUUAGAUAAAAUUUAUCAGUGAAAAUAAACAUGUAUAUCAUAAUUUGAAACCUUAUCUUUUCUUUUGGUGCUCUCAUCGUAUA